CGUGCGCCGUGGAGGCAAACCUUGAGCUGGCAACAUGAGCCGCGAAAGGUGAGCUCAAGAGGAAGAAAGUCCGGCGAGGCUAGGCGUGCGCGCGGGGGGCGCUCGCGGCACCGGGGCUUCAGGCUGAGCGUAGAGCGAGGGAUCCCCGAGUCCCGCCGUCGGAGGACGAACUUGUCGCUCAGCGCGCACUUCCUCGGCCGCUAUGGUGAGCGGGGAGCCGGAGCUCGGGGAGAAGCGGACGGGGUACCGAGCCGAGCCCGACCUGCUGCAAGAGGCGAAGCCCGAGCUGGCGGACGCCGAGACGCCCAACGGGUCCGCGCCGGGGUCGCUGCCCGAGGUGCGCCUGACGGGGCGGCGGUGGGCGAUCGUGUUCCUCUUCAGCGCCUAUUCGUUCUGCAACGCUUUCCAGUGGAUCCAGUACGGCAGCAUCAGCGUCGUCUUCGCGCGCUUCUACGACGUGACCCCUUUCGCCAUCGACUGGCUCUCCAUGUGCUACAUGAUCGUCUACAUCCCGCUGCUCUUCCCGGUCGCCUGGCUGCUCGACAAGAAGGGGCUGCGCCUCAUCGCCCUGGUGGGCUCCGCUCUCAACUGCGUGGGCGCCUGGGUGAAAACGGGAAGCACGAAGCCCAACCUCUUCCCCGUCACCGUCCUGGGACAGGUCAUCUGCUCGCUGGCCCAAGUCUUCAUCCUGGGCAUGCCGUCCCACAUCGCUUCCGUCUGGUUUGGGUCCCGGGAGGUCUCCAGUGCCUGCUCCAUCGCUGUCUUUGGUAACCAGCUUGGCAUUGCAGCGGGUUUCCUCCUGCCUCCAGUUCUGGUUCCCGAUGUGGAAGAGAAGGAGAAGCUGGCCUAUCAUAUUAGCAUCAUGUUUUUUAUGACUGCAGCUGUGGCAACAGCACUCUUCAUCUUAGUAGCUUUUGUGUUCAAGGAAAAGCCUCCACAUCCUCCGAGCCGGGCCCAAGCUUUGAUCCACACAGCAUCACCUGAGGAAUAUUCCUAUCUGCAAUCUAUUGUCCGUCUGUUUCGCAAUGUCAACUUUGUGCUUCUAAUAGUCAGUUACGGCUUAAACACAGGCUGCUUCUAUGCUCUCUCGACCCUACUCACCCGCAUGGUAAUCAGCCACUAUAAGGAUGAGCAGCUGAACGCUGGUCGAAUUGGCCUCACCAUUGUAGUGGCUGGCAUGGUUGGAGCUUUGAUCACUGGCAUCUGGUUGGACAGAACCAAAACAUACAAGCAGACAACUCUGUUGGUUUACAUCAUGUCAUUUGUGGGCAUGGUGGUUUUCACAUUUACUCUGGACCUAGGCCAUAUCUGGGUGGUCUUUGUGACGGCAGGUAUGCUGGGUUUCUUCAUGACUGGGUACCUACCACUGGGCUUUGAAUUUGCGGCAGAACUGACAUACCCAGAAUCGGAAGGGACGUCAUCGGGCCUCCUUAAUGUAGCUGCACAGAUAUUUGGAAUAAUUUUCACCAUUAGCCAAGCACAGAUCUUUGAACAUUUUGGAACUCAAGCAGGAAACCUCUUCCUCUGCAGCUUCCUGCUUGUCGGCACUGUUAUAACUGCUUUCAUCAAAGCAGAUCUCCGGAGACAGCAGGCCAACCUGCGCGAUGAACAGACUAGACUCCAGGGCAGUAACUGUCAGAUAAUGAAUUAUGGACAUUGUACCUUAAUCCCAUCAUUUCCCAUCCCUGCUCAGUAAUUCUCAGACUAAGAAGACAUUGGGGAAAGUGCCUCAAACCAGCACUGUGCCGCUCUAUGAGGAAUCAAAAUUGUAAUGGUGGGAGAUUGAGGACCAGCUGCCGCCGCCACCAACUUCCAUUUUCGUCUUUGACAUCUGUACCUCCCACUACACUUGGUGUACCCAGCAUCUGAGGGCAAUCUAGGAAACAUCUGAGGGCAAUCUAGGAAACUGCUGCUGGAAAGGAAUGCACAGGACUUGAAGAGUCAUCGUCACCUGAGCCAGCUCCUCUGUCCUGGUGGCGUGUCCUGGUGCCCUUUCUGCCAAGGGACCAAAGGCAGCAGUUGCUCAGCGGAAGAUAGCUUGUCUUGGCCAUUGCAGCCAAAUCACUGAAGCCAGCACUUCUUCCAUUGCAUGGAUUGAGAACGACCAUUUGUUAAUCCUGUUAUGUGUCCAGCAGACCUACUGAAUGGGAUAUGAAAUGGAUCCAGAGGAAGAUCCUUGCUCCUCAGGGAGAACAAGAAAGCACUUGCUCUGUGAGCAGCCUAAACUGAAGCGCAACCCAUGAUUUGCCACUGGGGAAAGACCUCACUGAGAAGCUUUCUCCCCUUCCAAACUUCCUGCUGGUAGACUAUAUUUUAGGAAAUCAAGCCCAGAGAUGAUUCUUUUUUAAGUAACGGACUAUAGUUUUGAAAUGAGAAUGCUCUCUUAUUACCCAAAUUAUGGCAAUACUUCAGAAAUGUUAUGGGGAAAUAGUUUUAAAAGAAUAUUUGAAAAGGACAGCCUGUCAUAGGUUGCUUCCACACUACAGCUUUUUAGUAUUAUUUGAGAUAUUGCUUUUCCACAAACUGACUGGAAGCAGCAAUAAAACAGAGGUCCCAAAU